AUGAAUCCUUCGGUUUUGUUUCCUUCUCCGCUUCCUCUCUCUCUCUCUCUCUCUCUCGUCGCCGUUGCGAGGGGGGAACGAAAUGGUCGACACGAGGCGGAGCGCCGCGGCGAAGCGCCCGGCGGGGGAGGAGGCGAAGAGCGCGUCGCCGUCACCGGCGCCGGCGGAGGCGGCGGGGGACGCGGUCGCGUCGUCCCAGCCCCCGAAGCGCGCCAAGGUUGCUAGCGUGGAACCCGAUAGCGCAAAGUCCGCGGCGGCGGCUGAGGCUGUCUCUGCCGGCGGCGUGGCGGGGCCACUGCCGGACACGGCUGGGCUGCAGGCGCUGACCGGCGCCAUGGACAAGCUGGAGGCCUUGUUGAGGUCCAGGGAGGCGCAGUCGAAUUCGGCCGGGCAUAGGCGUGGCGCUAAUGAUACGGAUUUAUCUGCAAAGAUGAAGCGAGCCAAAGAUUUGAAGGAGGAGAUGGCUGGAAUGCUGAAUAAACGGCAGGCUGCGGCCACCAGCAGGCGGCAGGAGCCCUGGUGCAGACUAAUCUCCCAGUAUGCCGCGCAUCCUUCCCUUCCUAUUUAUGCCUCAAAUUUCACUAUCGGUCAUGGAGCGCAUCAUGAUUUGAGACUGGGCGAGUCAUCUACUACCUCACCUGUUUGUAGACUGAAGCAGGUUAAGCGAGGUGCACUUCUUGAAAUCUAUGACUCCAAAGUUGUUCGUGUAAAUGGAAAAGCUUUGGACAAGGUUCCCAAGGUUACCUUGAAUGGGGGAGAUGAAAUUGUCUUUCAUUCACCCGUGAGAAAUGCUUAUAUAUUUGAGCAACUUCAGCAGGAUAAAUCAAGCACUUCAGCAUUAUCCGCUACUUACAGUAGUAUCCAGCAGGGGCAACACUCACAUUUCACAGAUAUCCAGGAUCAUUUAUCAUCUAAAGGACCCAAAGUAUCAACCUUUUACUUUGGAAAGGGCCGAUCUCCAUUUAUGCCUAAUGGAUCAUCAGCGGAUCAAGUUCUACUUAAUUUAUGCAAAACAAUGGAGGAACGGAGCCAGUUUCACUCUGAAGAAAAUAUAUCUUUUGGUCAGUGCCAACUACGAAAGGAGGAUCUGAAAUAUGCAACAGUUGAUGCGAGUGACAUCUCUGAGUCAUUUGAUAGUUGCCCGUAUUAUCUUAGUGAGCAUACCAAAUGUGCUCUGCUGUCAUCAGCAUACGUACAUUUAUGUUGCAAGGACUACAUCAAGUUUACAAAAGAUAUAUCUUCUCUUAGUCAACGAGUGCUGCUAUCCGGUCCAACAGGAACUGAGAUCUAUCAAGAAUAUCUGGUGAAGGCACUUGCAAAACAUUUUGGUGCAAGGUUGCUCAUUGUAGAUUCUUCCAUGCUGCUUGAUGGGCAAACUUCCAAAGAAUCAGAGCCAUUCAAAAAGGGUGAUAGAGUGAGGUACAUUGGUUCAUUACAAUCGACAGGCAUUACCCUUGAUGGACAAAGCCCUCCGGAGUUUGGUUCACAGGGUGAAAUAUGUCUUCCUUUUGAAGAAAAUAGAUCAUCGAAGGUUGGUGUAAGAUUUGAUAAACAAAUUCCAGGAGGUAAUGAUCUUGGAGGCAAUUGCGAAGUUGAUCAUGGUUUGUUUUGUUCAGUUGAUUCUCUAUGCCUCGACGGUCCAGGAUGGGAAGAUAGAUCCAGACAUCCAUUUGAUGUGAUUGUUGAGUUUAUGUCUGAAGAAAUUCAGCAUGGCCCUUUAAUCCUUUUUCUGAAGGACACAGAGAAAAUAUGUGGGAAUAAUGAUUCCUAUCAUGGUCUGAAGAGCAAGCUUAAACAUUCUCCAGCCGGUGUUUUUAUAGUUGGAUCUCAAAUCCAGCCUGACAAUCGCAAAGAGAAGGCAAAUGCCGGUUCUCUUUUUCUUUCAAAGUUCCCGUACAACCAAGCUAUGAUUGACCUUGCAUUUCAGGACGUUGGUCGGGGAAAUGACAAAAAUAAAGCAACUUCAAAGGCAAUGACGCAUCUAACCAAGCUUUUCCCGAAUAAAGUGACAGUCCAGGCACCACAAGACGAAAUGGAGCUUUUGCAGUGGAACCAGAUGCUAAGUCGAGAUGUUGAAGUUCUUAAAAGAAAUACGAACAUUUCGAAAAUACAAUCUUUUCUAACAAGGGUUGGCUUGGAAUGCGUUGAUCUUGAGAUGAUAUGCGUUAAGGAUCGUAUUCUUACAAAUGAGUGUAUUGAUAAAAUAAUUGGUUUCAGUUUGAGCCAUCAACUUAAGAACUCUACAAAUCCAGAUCCUUCAAGUAAUGUGCAAUUUGCCCUAUCUAAUGAAAGCCUUAAGCAUGGAGUUGACAUGUUGGAAAGUAUCCAAUUUGACCCGAAGAGCAGCAACAAAAGGAAGUCACUCAAGGAUAUUGCUACGGAGAACGAAUUUGAAAAGAGGCUCCUUGCUGAUGUCAUCCCUCCACAUGAAAUUGGUGUUACCUUCGAGGACAUCGGAGCAUUGGAAAGUGUCAAGGAUACUCUGAAAGAGUUAGUGAUGCUUCCAUUGCAAAGACCUGAACUUUUUUCCAAAGGACAACUUAUGAAGCCAUGUAAAGGAAUAUUGCUUUUUGGUCCGCCUGGUAUGGGAAAGACAAUGCUUGCUAAGGCUGUGGCAACUGAGGCUGGUGCUAAUUUCAUAAACAUAUCGAUGUCAAGCAUCUCCUCAAAGUGGCUCGGUGAAGGAGAAAAAUUCGUGAAAGCUGUGUUUUCACUGGCAAGUAAAAUUGCUCCAACUGUGAUUUUUGUGGAUGAGGUUGAUGGCAUGUUGGGAAGGCGUGAGAACCCUGGUGAACAUGAAGCCAUGCGUAAGAUGAAAAAUGAGUUUAUGGUGAACUGGGAUGGUCUAAGAACAAAAGAAAAAGAACGUGUAUUAGUACUUGCUGCAACUAAUAGGCCAUUUGAUCUUGAUGAGGCUGUUGUUAGGAGGCUUCCUAGGAGGUUGAUGUUGAAUUUGCCAGAUGCAUCAAAUAGGAAAAAAAUUCUAAGUGUGAUACUAGCCAAAGAAGAUUUGGCUGAUGAUGUUGAUCUUGAAGCCAUUGCUAACUUGACGGAAGGGUACUCGGGCAGUGAUCUCAAGACUCUGUGUAUUACUGCUGCUCAUUGUCCUAUUAGAGAGAUCCUUGAAAAGGAGAAGAAGGAGAGAGUAUUAGCCGAAGCAGAAAAUAGACCAUUGCCUCCAUCGCAUUCUAGCAAUGAUGUUCGUGCCUUAAGAAUGAAUGAUUUCAUGCAUGCACAUGAACAGGUUUGUGCGAGUGUUUCCUCAGAUUCCAGUAACAUGAACGAGCUUAUUCAAUGGAACGAUCUCUAUGGAGAAGGUGGAUCAAGGAAAAAGACAACACUAAGCUACAUUAUGUAGCUGAUGAUGCACAUAUUUCAGGAGCCUUAACAUAAAGCAACAAAGAUCGGAGGCAAAUAUGUGGUGCAGAUCCGGUACAGCUGAAAAACAACUGUACGCAUCUGCUAGCCAUCGUAUGUAGAGGAUUGAUGAUUCGGGCUGAGCGCAAUGGGAAAGUAAAUAUUUGAUUGGAGCCUUCAUGCUGGCUAUGCAUUAUACGUUACGACAGGAUGCGUGGUCUGAUUUGCCGUUGCCCUGCUUCAGAGUUUUGACUGCAGUGGAUCACCAUCCAUAAAAGAUCAUAUUUGUAGUUCCCGAUCUCCUUCAAGCUUGGAAAUGGUCUUGCCGGCCGGUUUGGUCCACCGUCUUCUCAUCAUUUUUUGCGAAACAAUUCAUUAUUUAGAUUGUAACAUGUGUAGAGCCUGUGCAAGUGUACAGUAUGAGCAUCAGGUCUAUUAACUUAUUUCUGUGGUCAGUGCAAAAUUCAUUAAUUAACAAGAGCAUUUAGCAUGCCUCCAUAA